AGCCAAACGCCGCUCCGUUUUGGCGCACCGCGGCCACCACGGCACGGCACGGGCAAGGCUGGCUUUGGACGCGGCGAGGGGCCAUAGAAUGAAGCCGCCCCGCAGCCCUGCGGCUCUAUAGCGCAGGUUAAGCCAGGUAUCCCGAAAUCCCCCUCUGAUGAGCGGCGCUGCGAGGCCAUGGAGGAGCUGGAGCACACGUGUCCGCAGCCUCGCCUGACUCUGACGGCCCCGGCUCCGUUUGCGGACGAGACCAGCUGCCAGUGCCAGGCGCCCCACGAGAAGCUCACGGUGGCGCAGGCCCGCCUGGGCACCCCAGUUGACAGACCCGUCAGAGUGUAUGCAGAUGGGAUAUUUGACCUCUUCCAUUCUGGCCACGCUAGAGCUCUUAUGCAAGCUAAAACUCUAUUCCCAAAUAGCUACUUAUUAGUAGGAGUUUGCAGCGAUGAUUUAACUCAUAAAUUCAAAGGCUUCACUGUGAUGAAUGAAACGGAGCGGUACGAAGCCCUCAGACACUGUCGCUAUGUAGACGAGGUCAUCAGGGAUGCGCCCUGGACGCUGACACCCGAGUUCCUUGAAAAGCACAAGAUUGACUUUGUAGCCCAUGAUGAUAUCCCGUACUCCUCCGCUGGCUCGGAUGAUGUGUACAAACAUAUAAAAGAGGCAGGAAUGUUCGUUCCCACACAGAGAACGGAAGGGAUCUCGACAUCGGACAUCAUCACACGGAUCGUGCGGGAUUACGACGUCUAUGCCCGGCGCAACCUGCAGCGGGGAUACACGGCCAAGGAGCUGAACGUUAGUUUCAUAAAUGAGAAGAAAUACCGCUUUCAAAACCAAGUGGACAAAAUGAAGGAGAAAGUCAAGAACGUAGAGGAAAAAUCAAAAGAAUUUGUUAACAAGGUGGAGGAGAAGAGCCAUGACCUCAUUCAGAAAUGGGAAGAAAAGUCCCGGGAAUUUAUUGGCAACUUUUUAGAGCUGUUUGGACCGGAUGGAGCUUGGAAGCAGAUGUUCCAGGAGCGAAGCGGGCGGAUGCUCCAGGCUUUCUCCCCCCGGCAGAGCCCCACCGGCAGCCCCACGCGAGGCCGCUCGCCCUCCCGCUCUCCGUCUCCUCCUUUUCCCUGGCUCUUCAAUAAAGCCUCUCCUCCCUCCUCUCCGAAAGCUGCCUCCGCCUCCCUCAGCAGCAUGAGCGAGGGCGACGAGGACGAGAAGUAACGGGAAGAUUUAUUUUUUAACCGUGGGACAGAAGAACAAGCUGUGGACUCGAGCGCCGGACGGGGAGCGGAGGCGUGAGGAACAUCUGGGGCAGCUGGCAGCCAGGAAGGCGCUCGGGGAGACGCUGUCACAGC